AUGACUCGAACACGUGAGCUCGGCGGCCAGACGGGAGAGAAAUGGACGCUUGAAUCAGGGAUCCACCACGAACAGAUGAUUCUUAUAACAAGCCGGAAUACGAAGGUAGGCGGGAACCCGAUACCCUCUCAAAAAGUGACGAAUACUGAGCAGGACUAUUCUUUUAAGCCAGCCUUAGGAAUGCAAACAACCGUCUCGCAAUCGGUGACCUGA